AUGGCCUCCUUUUUUGCCAAACCCCUUGAACCCGCCUACCUGACCUCCGCAGAACAACGCUUCCUCUCCAAACAACCCGAUUACAACAAACUUAUCAUCGACUCUGAGGAGCUCAGACGCCGGAUCUGGCUCAGUCAUCCUCGAAGCUGGACUAUCACAAGAGGCCAACGGUCUGCAGGUCUAGGAGAUCUUGACAGGCUCCCCCUCGAACUACAAGUAUAUCUCUUUGCCCGAACGCCGGUCAACACUCUGUUCAACCUCCGAGCGACCAACACUCAUGCCAAGCAGCUAGUUGAGCAAUGGCAGCCUUUCAGGGCCGUCAUCACCCAUGGUGCCGAUGCAAUCCGGGCCCUCCUGGCGACUGGUGCCGGUCACAUGUGGACAGUGCCCCAACUGGUUGACGUCCUCUUCACCACCAAGUGUGAAUUCUGUGAAGACCAUGGUGAGAUACUGCACCUACUGCAGCUCAAGCGAUGCUGCUUUCGGUGCCUUUCUCAAGAGCGUGAGCUACUCGCCGUCAACCUCGGCUACGCUCAGGGCACCAUGGGGCUUUCUCACGACGAGCUGCGAAAGCUUCCACAGUUGGUGACCGUGCCUCAGAACUGCUUUUGGGGGUUUCCUGCCGAGAGGGGUUACAUCUUUGACUACAAGUCUGCAGUGGAGGUCCGCCGGCAGCAAGGACCUACAACAACAAUGGUUGAAGGUCAGGUGCCACCGGCACCUUGCCAAAUCCCAUUGAUGCGGACUGGGUUCAGAUUAACUGCAGACCAAUGCAGUAUCCAACCACGUCCCAAGUCGUCAAUCCAAGCCCGCCGUUGCCAAACGGGUUUGCGUCUCCUGGAUGAGGAGAUCUCUCCGCCCGAGACAACUUACGCACAGCACGCCUGUGCAGUCCGCCUCCCUGCCCUGAGACGCCAGUCUAGGCGGGUUGCAGAUGGCUCCCUCCAGACGACCAUCUCAAAGAUUGAGGCGGUCCACUGUGGUGGAUGUGCGUACUACUGGAACUAUCACUCGGCGUUGCCGUGGGAGUUCCACCGGCUCUAUCCACAUCAGCAGGGGGAGGUGAACUCAGAGUUCCACAGACAUCUAAGACACUGCGUUUAUGCUCGGCUGCAGUGGAGAUGGAUCCACAAGCCCCUGCGUCCCAUUCCGACAGAGAUGGUGAGGGAGUUCCUCAAGAGCUUCAGGCUGUCGUAUUUCCCAAGGCACGGUAGUUUCAACGCCGCCGUGGAAAACGCUUCGUUUGAGACUAUUCCAGACGAUGUCAUGGCGCUGAUGGACUCGAGCGAUGCUGAUUUCAACGCCUUCUCCCCACAAUAUACCUGGCCGGAGCUGAAGGAUGAGAAUGAGUCGUGGAUGCCCAAGCGACUAUCACACGCUUCUUACCUGCAACUUGAAAGGAUGACAGCGACUGCACGCCUUCAUCCCAUCGACAAGCAGGACCACUACUGGGACAGCCUGGUGAGCAAAGAAGCAGUAAGCCAGGCAAAUUGGGCGUGUGCGAAUGUCCACAGUGGCCGAGUCUCUCUCUUCCGUGGGCCGGCUUCAGUUCUAGCAGAGAAGCGGCAAUUACGCGAGAAGAAGUUCCGGGCAGAGGGGAGACUAUCAGGCAGACAACCUGAAUGGGGAUUUGGUCAAUUCUACCUUUGA